UUUUAAAUUCCUUGGGGCCUAUGGAGACACCCGAUAUCGUCGAGCACUUCUUCGGGGUUUAUUUACUCUACUGCGAAAAUCCGAAGUACAAGGGCAGGGUUUAUAUCGGGUAUACUGUGGACCCGGUGAGGAGAUUGAAGAACCACAAUGCUGGGAAAAAAUUUGGAGGGGCCUGGAAAACCAGUAAUAAAGGGCCAUGGAAUAUGGUGCUGAUUGUUCAUGGGUUUCCCAAUUCGACCAGCGCCUUGAGAUUUGAAUGGGCAUGGCAGCAUCCCCAGCUGAGCCGUCGUUUGCGGCACAUCCCGAAGAAAAAAUCCAGAGAGAAAACUUUCGAGUACACUCUGAAUGUACUAUCGGCAAUGCUCCAGGUGGGCCCUUGGUGUCGUCUACCUCUGACCCUUCGAUGGCUGGACGACACCUUUGCUGAUGCACAUUCCUCGAGAGUAACACCUCCCAAGCACAUGCCCGUCAUCCACGGGAAAGUGAUGUCACGGAAACCCCAGGGGAAUGCGAAUGGUAAAAAUGGGGAAGUCACAGAGGAUUCUGAAAUUUCCAUUUGUGAUAUUUGCUACAUGACCCUGGACAUCACUGAUAAAGUAACGUGUGUCAGGGCAGACUGUGACCUAAUAGCCCACAUAAUUUGUUUGGCUAAAGAAUUCGAUCAUGAGAGAAUUCUCCCCGUCAGUGGAACCUGCCCCGCAUGCAAGGGUCAUCUCCUCUGGGGGGAUGUCAUUAGAAAAAAAAUUGGCUGCCACAUUCACUUGAAUGAAAAUCAAGACUCCACUGAUGAUUCAGAUUAAUUGAGUCAAUUAUAAGACUCGAACGAAAUUGUACAAUAAUUAUCCUGUAGAUACAUUGAAUUUAAUAUUUUUGUAAUUAUCGUUUCAUCGCGUUUGAAUCCCGCGGCACUCGCUCAUUCCGGAAAUCAUGUGCACGAUAUUGUUUAUGUAAUGUGUAAAUGAA